GUGACGACGACGACGUCACUCUUGUUGUUAUUGUCUGUUGAAGUUUGAAGUUAACCUGUUAAAUAAAAUAGUUAACCUGUUUUCUUCAAUUCUUGUGGUUUGACGAGGAGAUAGGCUACUCUAAAAAAAUGAUGGAUCACAUUUACCCACCACAAACAAAAAUAUUAAAAAUUAAUGGUUCAACUUUGAACAACCAUACAGCAGAAUUGCGAUUAAAAUGCAAAGAUAAAGAAGAAUUUUUGGUCUGGUUGAAAGAACAUGAAGCUCUAUCUGGCGUCAUAUUCAGGGUGCUGUCAGGAAAAAAGGUUAACGGAAAAACUGUAGUGUACAAAGCGAUGUACCGCUGUCAGCACAACACGAUGCCCUGGCAACACAACACGAAGAAACCGUCGGAAAAACACACAAACUGUGAAUCGAAAUUGAAGGUCACGAUUAAAUCCUCACCAAAGGACCGCCGAGUGAGGUCAAAAGACGAGUUCCGGAAAGAAUUUCCCACAUGUGUUACCAUAACACAUAAACACAACCAUGCAAUAAAUGAAGCUGAGGCCUUAAAGUUCAAAGACCCCAGAGAAGAUAUAAAAGACAAGUUCCUGGAUUUAUUUAAGAGCCACCAUACACCUUCUAGAGCUCUUUAUCUGCACAAACAGGAUCUUCAAGAAGAGUAUGAAGAUGAUUAUUUUAAAGUUGCAGAAGACAGAUCAAUCUGUCCAGAUUUGCAGUGGGUGUAUCGAUUACAUAGAAAGUUUAAAGAAGAAUUUGUAAAUGAAAAACUUGACUUGAAGGAAACACAACAGGAUGUUCAAGGUAAAGAAGAAUUUGUAAAUGAAAAAGUUGACUUGAAGGAAACACAACAGGAUGUUCAAGGUCCUGCUUUAGUUACUCCAUCCAAAGAAAAUCAAGCACUUUCUGAAGUUGAAAAUAAAGUUGAAGAUAUUUGUAAGAUUUUAAAACUGCGUGCUGCAUCAAACCCUGUACAGUUUGCUAAUGCCCUAACAUCAUUCCAUUCUUCCUUAUCAGGAAUGAAAAAUGAAGCAACAUUAUUGUCUGCACUGCACAGAUUUGGAAAGAACGAUUUCUUACCAUUAAAAUCCAAACAGUACACUACCACAAUUCCAAUACAGCCUACUGAAAUUUCAAGGAAGAUGGCUGCAAUCAAAGUAAGAAGAUGCAUACUAAGUGGAAGAACUGCCAAAUUGACUUUCAUACCUGAACAUGGGUAUUCAAAAAUGGAGAAAAGUUGACAUUUAAAAGCCACCAAUUCUUAAAUUCUCUGCAAGAAUGUGUAGAGAGGAAUCGUUCGCCCUAAAAAAAA